UCGACUUCAUAAGAAGCAGGGGGUGAUCGGGAGAGAGUUACCGUUGACCCACUUGACUAAAGAUGUGUGCCAUCCGCGUCUCUCGCGGCGGCCAGUUGGUAGUAACUUCUUCGUCGGUAUUCUUCUUCUUCCAACGCCGAACGGACGACGGAGAAGCAGCAGGUGCGUGUGUGAGAACGGCAGACAUUCAGGCGACGACGUCUUCAUAGAACUUUGCAAUUUUCUUUCCUUCUGUUUUUUUUGUUCUUUUUUUUCUGCUUUGUUUCUAUUCGCGACAUAGUAAAGAGGUUCAGUGUGAAAUCGGAUUAUUAUUAACGUAUUUUAACUUAGACCGUUGUUCGAUAAUAAACAAUUUAUAAGUUGUGUUCCACGUGGUGCGCGAACUCCCCGUUGCACUUGGUGCACGUACUCUGGCAGUUGCGGGGCAAUGGUCACAGGUCAAAGUGGACACAGCGCAGGUCCUUGCCGAAGUGGUCGCAAAUAAAGGUUCCAGCAUGGUCUGGAUUGCGGCACUUUGCAGUGUACUGCUUUAUUCGGACCUUCUGGCCACGACGCAUUCACAACGAAAUCGAGAUUACCACAUAAAACCGAAACCCUGUUGGGUGGAUGGCGUGAAAGGAACGUGUAUGUUCGUAUAUGAAUGUAUCAAGACAGAGGGUUACCAUAUCGGGAUGUGCGUCGACACAUUCAUGUUUGGUUCAUGUUGCGCCCACAACACGAGCGACAACUUUGUACCGGCGGACCUGGACACCAGCAAACCUGCCGUCCUGUAUACACCACCUAGUCAAAGCACGUCUAAAAACCAGAAACCUAACCUAAGUCAUAGCUCAAGUGUAAAUAAUAAACAUACCUCCAGUCUAAGUGGACGUCCGCAACACAGUAUUCUGACAGUUAGUCUCAACAUGCGCCAAAAUGGUAGUUUACCGAGCCCGUCAACUCAAUCACCACCUCGACCUCAUAACAAUGGUGAUACCUUCACUUUGUCCAACGACAUUCUGGAUUCCUUCGACAAACAUGGUUGGCAGACCUCCACCGAUUCGGUUGGUGAAACGUCUACCAAAAAACCCAACACUGCCCACUGGCAGUUCACCACAGAACCAGAUUUCGUUACCAAAACGAAAACGAAAGGGAAACCCACCAAGAAACCGUGGCACGCCACCACCCAUAAAAACACAAUCAAAUUCCAAACCAAAACCCCAAAACCAACAGUUCUUUACAAUAAUAGGGUGAAACCUACUACCACCCCUUCACCACCAGUGGAACUGACAACGUCUGAAUCCUCGUCAGUUGCAGUGUUACCAACAUCCACUUUUAGUUCAGCUUCAGCAGUCGUGUCCGAUGCAAUGAAGUGCGGGAUGCCAAUGAUGCAAAUUCAUCCACAGACACGAAUCGUCGGUGGAAGAAACGCUCCAUUCGGUCGAUGGCCAUGGCAAGUGUCGGUACGAAGAACGUCUUUCUUUGGGUUCUCCAGCACUCAUCGAUGCGGAGGGGCAGUUUUAAACGAAAACUGGAUUGCCACCGCAGGUCAUUGUGUAGAUGACCUUUUGACAUCACAAAUCAGGAUAAGGGUGGGAGAGUAUGACUUCUCAAACGUUCAUGAAGAACUUCCUUACGUAGAAAGAGGGGUCGCUAAAAAAGUCGUUCACCCCAAAUACAACUUCUUCACUUACGAGUACGAUUUAGCUUUGGUAAAGUUGGACAAAGCUCUAGAGUUCGCGCCGCAUAUAUCUCCGAUAUGUCUACCUGCCUCUGAUGACCUCCUAAUUGGCGAGAACGCUACCGUUACAGGAUGGGGACGACUCAGCGAGGGUGGCACAUUACCUUCGAUUUUACAAGAGGUGAAUGUGCCGAUAGUAAGUAACGAGUGCUGUAGGAAUAUGUUUCUAAAGGCUGGUCGACACGAGCAUAUCCCGGAGAUAUUUUUGUGUGCGGGACAUGAGAGUGGAGGUCAAGAUUCUUGCCAGGGAGAUUCCGGAGGUCCGCUGCAGGUCCGAGGUAAGAACGGUCGCUUUUUCUUGGCCGGAAUCAUUUCCUGGGGCAUCGGAUGUGCAGAACAGAAUUUGCCCGGUGUUUGUACCAGGAUAUCAAAGUUUGUACCCUGGAUAUUGAAAACUGUUACGUAAAAUGACUAAUUAGUGACGAAAACUGAACAGUGGCGUAACAAAAUUAUGCAAAAUGAAGACAUUUUUGUGGAAUUGAAGGAGAUAGUUUACCAAAAAGGAAAAUAUAAGUAUCAAAUCAAUAAAAAUAUAACGAAAACUGCAUUUUUAUCAUGAUGGCAACGGCCUGGACUAAGGUAAGGUAAUUCAAAAAUCAAUAAGAAGUAACAUUUAUUAAAAUAAUAAUUACUAGUAACAGUACUUUUCAUUAUAAAAUGUAAUAAACCAAAAGUAUUGUUUUCACAAUCUGUAUCCAUAGUCAUAUCAUAGAAAAGACAUUUUUACGAACUUAUUUUAAUGCAAUGUGUAAAAAACAGGAAAGCUAAAUACUUAUUGAAAUACCUCCUAUAAAUAAUUACUAUUGCUAUUAAUAAUCCCAUGUUUUUUUUUAUAACAUUGAAGUGUCAUUACAAUAUGUACCUAUUUUUGUACUUUUUGGCCACACUGUAUAUUUGGUGUUAGUUAGCAGCAACUGCCUCUAGAUGGCGUCAUGGUACCUGUUUUAUGACAUUCAAAAACUACAAUUGUUCACAAGAAAAGUAAAAUAAUUACAAACUUAUUCUUAGAUUUUAUUUAGUUAUAAAUAGCAGCUACCAUCGCGAUAGUUUCAACUGCUUCAUUUUAAAUUAAACAAUGAAGGAAACAAUAGGGCAUUAAUCUUGGUUAUAGUUUUUGCACACUGUAAAGAAACAUUUAAAUAUUUUUUUUGAGGAAGUUUCAAUUUCUCAGGUUUCAAAAACCAAGAGCUCUUUAUCAAAGUUGUCACUUUCAAAAUUUAAUUUCUUGCUUAAUUUGGCGCCCGGAAACAUUAAUAACAAGGCAAUGUCAGAUCCACGCCAUUUUCCACUCAUUUUUCAUUUCAAAAUAAGUGAGUUUCAGUAGCAAAACGUUUUGUACACGUAAGGGGUUUCUUCUAUAUCUUUUUUUUUCCUUAAGGACCAAUAACCGCAAAUUGUAGACUCAUGGAAGCAAUGUUUAAAAUUCAUUUGUCCCCCAGAGUCAACUUUUUGCUGUUUCUAAUGGAAUUCCUUUAUCUCCUACAUUGCUACAUCUUUAUUUCUUAGGAAAUGUACUCUAACCUAACAAUUUUCACAUUUACUAAUGAUUUUGAAAUCAGUUUCAGUUUGAAAUUAAUUUUGUUUUAAAUUAAAAGUUGAUGCUAUAACUUUUUUGAUGGUGCCGUAAGGAGAAAAAUCAAUCGCAUAUUUGAAUAGUUACCUACGGAUUAAAGUAUACCUAUCUAGCCAUUACUAAAAGAGAAUAAAAAACUUCAAAAUUCAAUUUAUGGUCUUCGAUCUUUUGAUUAAAAGUCUAUCCGUUUGUCCAGUGUAUACCUAUCUUGUCGUUGUCUCCACAAUUUCAAUGAUAGUUUUCGGAUUUUAACCCUUUCACAAUUUUUUUGAAAGUUACGUUUGAAAAACUAGAACAGCUUUUGGUACUUUUACGAUAAGUAAGGUAAAUACCUACAAAUAUUAUUUUUUAUCAUG